AAACAAACCACGUGCUUCUCAAACGCGAACGCAUGGUAGUUUGAUUGGGAGUUGAUUCAAAGCAAGAAGCUAAAAAAUGAUCACGGAACAAGCGGCAGGCGGUUUUGCAAGCCGCAACUGGAAUAGCCACCCAAGGCCGGAGAUGUACGUCGGCCGGAAGGGUGAUUUACGAUCGGUGGAGGAAAUCGCUCCCGUAUUCCGGCACAUUUUCCAAGAAUUUACGCAGUUCAAUGAGAUCCAAUCGCUGGUGAUGGACGAUAUACUGUACACGGACAAAUCGUUGGUGGUCAGCGCCCCGACGGGAUCCGGUAAGACGGCUAUUUUCGAGCUUGCGAUGGUGCGGUUGUUGAUGAAGUUGGAGGAUGCCGGAUACGAGGGGGACUUCCGGAUGGUUUAUAUUGCCCCGAUCAAGGCUCUGUGUACGGAGAAGUUUAACGAGUGGAGAGGGAAGUUUGAACAGCUGGGGUUGAAGAGUGCCGAGGUCACGGGGGACACGGAGAUGAGGGAUUUUUGGGAUUUGCCGGAUUGUAACUUGAUUUUGACUACUCCGGAGAAAUGGAAUUCGAUCACCCGAAGGUGGCGGCAGAAUGUGAACUUUGUCCGGAUGAUCAAGCUGGUGAUGAUCGAUGAGGUGCACAUUUUGAACGAUCAGUUUCGCGGGCCGGUGCUGGAGGCGGUGGUUUCCAGAAUGAGAAGCAUUCAUCGUUUCACGAAUCUGGAGGGAGGAGAAAAGAGGGUGGAUGAACCAAUGCGAAUUAUAGCACUAUCUGCUACGGCACCGAACGUAGCGGACUUGGCUGCGUGGGUUGGAGAAGGGAACAUGACCUGUUUCUACAACAUCUCCGAAUCGCGUCGCCCGAUCAAGAUCGACAAGCACGUGCUCGGUUACUACUGUGACCCGUCCACGUCCCCGUUCCGGUUCGAUAUGAACCUAAACUACAAGCUGUUCGAAGUAAUCUCGAAGUACUCGAGUGGCCGUCCGUCGCUCGUUUUCUGCAGCACUCGGAAGGCCACCGAAACGGCUUCCAAACACCUGGUGGAGAACCAUGCACUGCGACUGACUGCGGACCAGAUGACCGCCCUGCAGAACGUUGCCAACGAAGUGCAGAACGGGGAACUAAAGCGAAGGCUUCUAGCCGGAGUUGGCUACCAUCACGCUGGACUGAGCAUUGCCGAUCGUCAACUGGUCGAGGAUUCGUUCCGUGCCGGACGCAUUCCGGUUCUGUGCUGUACCAGCGGACUGGCCAUGGGAGUCAACCUGCCGGCGCACUUGGUCAUCAUCAAAUCGACACAGAUGUACACCGACUACGGCAUGGAGGAGUAUCCGGAAAGUAGCAUCUUCCAGAUGAUCGGUCGCGCUGGGCGACCUCAGUUCGAUACGUUUGGAGUGGCCGUCAUCAUGACUCAGAGGGAAAAUGUGCAAAAAUACGAACGCCUUACCACCGGUUCGGUUCCCAUCGAGUCCCACCUGCACGAUCAUCUGGCCGAACACCUGAACUCGGAGAUUGUCCUGCAAACCAUAACGGACCUGGCCAGUGCGAUGGACUGGAUCCGGUCCACUUUUCUCUACGUGCGGGCCCUGGUGGCACCGGCUCGUUACGGUCUGCCUCCGAAUCUGGACAAGGAGCAGAUCGAGAAAAAAUUGGAAGACCUUUGCCGUGCCGAACUGGAAGCCCUGGACAAGUAUUCCCUAAUUGAGAGAAGAGCGAAAGAUCAAGGCGAUGAUGACGGCGGAAAAAUGAUGAUUGGGGCCACGCUUUACGGAAGGUUGAUGGCGCAGUACUGUUUGAAUUUUCGAACCGUGAAACUGCUGCGGAAGAUCAAGGGCACGGAACCACUGCUGGAGAUAUUCACCCUGCUGACCUAUUGCGACGAAUUCGCAGUCUUCAAGUGCCGCAACAGCGACAAGCGUACCCUCAACGAGCUGAACCGAUCAUCGACCCGGAGCACCAUCCGGUUUCCGCUGCGGGGUCGUAUCCAGACCACCACGGCAAUGGCGUCCUGUCUGAUGCAGGCCGUCUUUGGCAACUUGCCCAUCGAGGACGGUUCCCUGCAGCAGGAGGCCACCAAGAUGAUCAACAUCGGCCGACGGUUGAUCCGGUGCAUGGUGGAGUUCAUCUAUGUGGGUCAGGGUGAGAGGGAGCGUCGGGACGGUGAGGGAGGAGGAGUCUAUGGGGCGCUCUUGAGUACGCUGGUGUUGAGUCAGUGUUUGGAAACCAGACUGUGGGAGAACUCGCCGUAUAUUGCGAAACAGCUGAAGGGCAUCGGAGCGGUCUACGCCGGACAGUUGGCAGCACGAGGGAAGACUUCGUUUCAGGAGCUGGUGGACAGCAAUCCGAGGGAGGUGGAAAUUAUUUUGAAGAAAAAUCCACCGUUUGGAAGUGACCUGAUUGCAUUUGUACGUACAUUGCCAAUGUUCUCUAUCGAACUAGUUUUGAAGCAAGACUACAUUCUGGAGGUAACCGUUGUACAGAAGAACGAUGGCUACAACAAGAAGCUGUCGGUCAAAAUUUCCGUUCUGGUGGGCGACUCGAACAACAAUGUGUUGUUCUUCAAGGAAAAUCUUGACGCAAAUCCGGGCGGCAGCUGUCGAUACCAGGAGUCACUGAAACUUUCCGAUGCCACAGUUGCGACUGUCACGGGUCACGUCAUUUGCUCCAACUGGACCGGACUGGAUUGUUCCAAGGUGAUUGUUGUCAAUGAGGAAGCUGCGGCUGCCGCCGCAUCAUCAUCCUCAUCGCAGAAGCAACGAUCCCGGAAGGUGAACAACACCAAUCCUUCGAAGAAGAUCACGGAAUUCUACCGAAAGGAUGAUUCGAAGGUGAAUGAAUCUCGAAGUGAAGGUCGAACUUCAGUCGAAGUUGAUGGUAUGGAGAAACCUGACGAAGACGUUGAGGUUAUAACGAUUGAGGACCAUCAGGAUGUCAGUUUCCUGGAAACGUUCCGUUUCACCCAGAAACCGAAGUUGAGCGUCGAGAAACAGAACGACGAUAGCCUACAGUUUGUUACGGCUUCAAGUUUCAGGCACAACUUGUCGAAUCCUACAGAUUCGAACACGAACAUGAUCGAUGAAUCUGGGAGCUUUGAUAAGACAAGUUCACUUGAGAUUCCGAAAUGUGAACCGGCCAAUGCUUUGGGAGAAAGUGUUGACAGAAGUUCUCACCCUAGACAACAGCUUAGAGCUUCCAAAUCAAGUGACUCCGGCUAUGAAUCGUAUUCUACGUCUCAUUCAGCGAAUCUGUCUCUAACAACUUUCUCCGAACAUGUUGAUUUUACCUCAAAUGGGGUCAAUUCUUCGGAAAGAAACAAUUUCGGGUUCUUCAAAGGUUUCAUUGCAGAAUACCGACGUAAACCUCAGAACACAGUUGACUCCGAACAAUCCAUUAACCCACCUGUCAGUAGAACAAAUGACCCCAAUCCGACGUUCAAAACUAUCGCAUCUCUGAGAGAAUCAUCCGUAGAAAUUCCACACAAACGUCCAAAGCUGGACGACUCAGACCACAUCUUACCAGCCCUUCCUCCAACCUUGCGAACCUCGGACGAAUCCGAACCGGAUUCCUCUCCAACCAAUCCGAAGAAACUAAACUUCUUCAGUCAACCGCAACCGUCAACACAAUCCAAAAUCCUGUCCGGUCUAGCGACCUUUCUACCGACCGGCCCUCCACGGUACAACUCCUCCAACCGGAUGCAGUACUUUACCGAGAUGCAUCGCCGGAAUCCGUUCAUCCUGUUUGGACGCCCAGAAGACUUCAAUAGUCAGCAUCGUCAACGGCACGAAAGCUCAACGCGAAGGGUUUGCCUGUUCGGGGUGUACUCGGAGAUGCCACGAUAUCGGAACGAGGCCGCACCCAGUUCAGCAGCGACAGCACCGCCGACAACGAAGACGACGACGAAUAUUGCCAACGAGCGUCAGGUGUUCCGGUCGAUAAACGGCGCUGAUGGAGACAACAGUGGUGCGGAACGGGUCUACCAGAAGAAUCACCGCCAAGCACGGCGGGGACGACGCGAGUUGGAUUUAGGAAUCAACGAAUUCCUAUCCUCAACAUUCGAAGAGCUGGAUCCACCAAAGGAGAAUUUCUUCAAGUAAGUAAACAAACUCCACAUACGCCGGUUUUAUCCUACCAUAAUCAACACAAGACAUUUGGUUUUAUU